UCGUCCUCGUAUCGAACUGUUCGUUCCGCACGAGGAGGGAUCAAGUGGAUUUCACUCAAAUGUUAGUUGAUUUUUUUUUGGAGGCCAUAGCCAAAGUAUUAUGUCCUGGUAUAGGUCUGUUCUUUUGUGUAAUUCCAUGUUAUUAUGUAAGAGACAGUCGAUUUGCAGUUUGCUUCUAUGCUUUACACAUAAGUCUACGUUGGAUUAGAUGUCCAAAUGAAUGAUCUGAAAAGGAAUUAGUUUACGAACUAUUGUUUUUAUUGUACUACUGGUUACAUAUAUGAAUUCUGAACUUAAAAGCCAUAUAAAUUUUAUUGAAGUUCGCCCUGCAAAUCUGACAAGCCUAUAUUCUCCACAAGGAUCUGCUCACUUCGGUAACACCUGCUACACCCAAUUGUGUGGUCCCGAGUCCCGUGUGUCCCCUAUAUCUUGCAUGUCCUUUUAUUGUUUUACUUUACCCAAAAUGUCCCUGUUUCUCCGGUCCCUUGAGACUAAUGGGAUGGGACCUGGAUACAGGUGUGCGUCGAAACAGAAAGCCUAGAACACCGCAAGAACUGCUGGGCGGUAGAGACGGAGUCCUGUGCGCACAGUUUAUGAAAUCCGAAUGUCUCUGGGGAAAGAGCUAUCACAUUCAUAGGUCCCUCAACUCACCCUCACAACGUGAUCCACAAACCUGAUAUUACCGUUUUUGGUAUUCAACGCUGGUGUGUCAGGUGCGCUGACUGACUGCUGGUGCGCCUCAAUUAGUGAAGGAUUCUCGAUACAGACGUCGUCGAUACGCCAUUUUGUUGUCUUUUUUCUUCUGCCCGUUCGGGUCCCGUGGAAUGGAUACUAGGCCUUCGACUCAUAACUCUUUGACGCGCGCGCUCGUUGUUGUGUGUGCAUUUGUCUUUCAGUCACAGUCUUCUUCUGUGACCUACAUUGCAAAUAAGGACGCGCCGUGUGAGUGUCGUGUUGGCUAUAGGUAUCCCAUCGUAUACGCCGUUUUUCACGACACCCGGACGGUGACGAGGACACGCUAACUACUACGGCGCGUCUGCUGACCAAUGUCAUCUUGGCGGUGUUCAUCUUUGUCUGAACAUGGCGAGCGUCUCAAUUGAGAGCGGCAGUACAUUAUGUAAAUAGCAUUUUCAGCGGCUUGUGACAGCACGGUCGCGUGAGAUGAGGUUGCUCUUCCUGUUGGUUUUAUUGGUCGACAGGUACUGUUCGACAAUGUCGCAGACACCAUCUGCGGUCUGUGGAUGAAUGUGUAGUACCUUUUGGAACUUCUCGAACUUCCAAGGUGUGCCCAUUUUGUAGAUUCUAUUUAGAGAAUGUUGCAACAAACCUGUUGGUUAGUUUCUCGACACCUUUCGGAACGACUAGUUCGGCGGUGCCCUCGGAGCAUCUGAAAAAAAUAGGAAGAGAUCCCUUUUUGACGGCGGAAGCAAUCCCGAUGACAGCUACGCACCACCUCACCCCACUCACCAACCAACCCUUGAACUUCACUGUGGCUACUUUGACAGGAGGCAGACAGACCGAGACCGAGGAGGCCGUGACGUUAGAGGCAAUUUUGAAUAACGGAGAUGAUGUAACCUUUGCGCUUCCUUUCACCCAAACCCCCAUCCCUGGCACCACGCACACCAACGACACAUACACAUACGCACAGGGGCAGACGCCAUUCGAUUUGAUUGAAAAUCAAUGACUCACUGUGGCACACUGCGUCGUGGCGUCGGAUUGCCGGUCGUUUUGUAGGAGAGAAGAAUCCCUUCUCUUCUGCUCGGUCAACAGUCCGGCGUCCAAUCCUGUGGUUACUUUGUAUCCAUGUUACCAAACCUAUAAGCCCGCAAUGCCUACUUCUGCUUCUUCGGUGUUCAGUACGAUGCGGCCCCUCAUCCACGCAUUAGCCAAUUGCAUAAUCCAUAAUGUUAGCAUUUGAGCUGAGCAAGAAUGAAACGCGUGUGUAGGGCAGAACCUUCCAGGCUAAUGUGUCGACAGAAGCGCCCGGAACGUAUGUUUGAACUUCGGUAUCGUAAAACGCGCGGCCGCUUUACCAUCGGACCUCGUAUCGGUCGGUCGGUCGGUCGGUCGGUCACUGCCUGUUCUGUGUGUUACUCUAUCGCACAGUAUCGCGGAUCCAUAUCGGUAUCGGGUCCAUUUUCGUAGCAGAAAAUGAAUAUUUCAUCGCCGCAAACACACGGCGGAGCUGGAGAUGGUGGUAUCGGCUAUGUUAUGCCAUGUACAUAUUUUGCAUAACAAGCGUACAACAACACACAUCACACAGCAGAGCUUGUUGAUGCUGCUGUGUGCUCUACUAGUUAGACAGAGUUGAAGCGCAGUAGGUGUCAUCUUAGCUUGUACCGGAUUUGGUGCGUAAUUAAGGAGCGAUUGUGUUUCUAGUAUUGAGUGGAAUCCCGGCCCCGGCCGCCACGGGGACGUGGCGUGACGACACACUUGGCAAAAUGAAGCGCUCCAGAGUUGGCGCGUCUUAAGUGUGUCUCCUAUCGUCCCUAUCUAGGGU